AUUCUUGUGAGAGGCGCUUUCUCUAGUUCGGAUGUGUUUGCAUUGUCCCACGACGUUCUGUGCAUCUGUUCUUCUUGGCACACCCGCUUGCUCAGCGAAGAAUAUUUUCCACAAAGGUCGUGUGCUGCCUUCUUUUACCUAGGAACGUCUCCGUGUCACUCCGACGCUUGCAUACACGACACGCACGCCUGCUGGACUUCUCACAUGGACAUUUCCGCGUUUUUGGCUCUCCUGUAAAUCGGUUUAGUGUGAUUUAUGGUCGUGCCGUGGUGAUUCAAACGGCACGUGUGCAUAUGUCCGCUAGCAACCCCGACACUGCUCGGUGCACCGCUUCGGACGUGUGGCUCACGAAACUGUGAUCGGUUCGCUCUUUUUUCAUCACAAAGCGUUUCUGGCCUCGAAGGAUACGUCCAACCUGCAGUCUGCCAGCUCCAGGUCUUCCACAACCACUGUACAGCGACAGCGUAACAGGGAAUCAGAUGGCAGGGUCGGCAGCAUGAACCGAUGCAGCUUGGUUGCUGCCGCCACUCGCCUCACGAUUGCUGCCAAUUUUCGUCAGCUGGCGGGAAAGAGAGCUUUUUUUGGAGGGGCAGCGAAGCAGCCAGACAACUUCGGGCCUCUCACUGGAAGGAUCGCGCGUUUGUCUUCGGCGUCUUCCGACGGAAGGUCGGCAAACAUAGGGCGUUUGCACCUCGAAUCGCACCCGCCUUCUUGGCCACGAGGGACGCUGCCGCCCGACCCCUUUGAAUUGCUUGGCUUGGCAAAAAAAGAUCCAACCGUGCAGGAGCUGCGACAGGCUUAUGCUAAACUUGUGAAGCAACUUCAUCCGGACCUAGCUGUUUCUCCACCAAAACUGACAAUCGAUGAUGCACGGUGGGCAUACGACGCAGCAAUAGCUGCCCUGGAAACGCCGCAAGCGUGGCGGCGACAGGAAUGUUGGAGGAAAGGCGAUUCCUUCAAAGAACAGCCGAACCACAGAGACAGCGAACAACCAACGAUGCCCGACAAACGCGAGAGCUACCGGGCAACACGUUUGCAACGGUGGCGACUGCGACAGAGUGAAGCAGCAGCGUUCUGGAACGAGCGCCAUAGAGAUGAAAACAGUGAAGGUGUAACGGAUGGCCGCGGGCCAGAAGAAAAGACACUUUUUUGUGGGCUCUUCCAGCGUCGAUUAAGGGAAGAAGACAGAUCGUUUUCGAAACAAGGGUGCGACAGUCUUGGAUCCUCAAGUGUGGUGGAACAGCGGGCUGCAGCAAGACGGAAACAGGGGCUAUCGACUCAACCGCCGCAAGCAAAGCAAUGGAACACCAACGAUUUCGCCCGUAUACAGCACCAAGAAUUAGAAGAACUGGGGCUGUCGACUAGAGUUGUCGAGGAGUUAGGUCUGGUAAGACACAAGCAGACAGACGACACGCCCGUCUCGAACCUAAAUGAAACAAAGCCCGCAGCGUCGGCGUCCCGUGGUUCCUCACUAUUUAGAACCGGGGAUCAUCUUUGCAAGAACGAGAAACGGGGGGGACAAGACCGAAUUUCCAACGCCAGUGGCAACCAGGUCUUUUUUCCUGCAGUUGCAGGUGCUGUAGUGUUAGCGGUUUCCUGUUUCUCCUUGUUCGCUGCAACUCCAACUUAACUUCGGUAGCCAAAGGUGCGUACACUUUUGGCAGAAACACGUAUGAGCGUUUGAAACAA